CGACCUCCGCUACACCUCUUCCUUCUGCACCCACAGUGCUAUUCUAACACCUACAAUCCCACCCUAUCUGCACCUCCUUUGAAUCCCUCUCCUUCGACUCCACCUGCGUAUACCCACGACACGGUGCUAACGCGGCAUAGCGAUGCCUCCAGCCUAUACUGCCACGCAGAAGAGUGCCAUCACUCAAUUCAUGAGCUUUACCUCGUCGGACCGCAAUACAGCUGUAAAGCACCUCAAACUACACAACUGGAAUUCAGAGCAAGCCGUCAAUGGGUAUUUCUCAGGCGGUGGAGCAGCAUCCGCUCCUUCAGGUUCGUCAAAGUCAGGCUUGAACAAGGUGUUCGACAAAUAUCGAGAUGACAAGACCACUCCUGAUACCAUCGGCGUCACUGGUAUGAUGUCCUACCUCAACGACAUCAAGGUCGAACUCGAAGACAUCGGAAUGCUGGCUGUGUCGGAAAUCAUCCAAUGCCCCACAAUGGGCGAGAUGACUCGAGAAGGCUUCACCGAGGGCUGGUCGGCAUACAACUGCGACACUGUUGACAAGCAAAAAUCCCACAUGAAAAACCUCCUCAAGACCCUCCCAUCCAACAAAGACACAUUCACACGCAUCUACAAGUACACCUACAACAUCGGCCGCACCGGCAACCAGAAAUCCGUCCAGCUCGACACGGCCAUCGAGUACUGGAAAGUCCUCUUCGGCUCCGCGUCCUCUCCGGUGCGAUGGAACUCCCAUGCGAACCCGUGGCUCGAUUGGUGGGUUGAGUUUCUCACGACGAAAUGGAAGAAGAGCGUCAAUAAAGAUGUGUGGAACGAGACGCUGAAGUUCGCGAACAUGACGCUGGAGGAUGAGAGUCUGGGGUUCUGGACUGAGGAGAGCAGUUGGCCGAGUGUGGUGGAUGAGUUUGUGGAGUGGGUCAAGGAGAAGAGGGGUGGGGAUGAAGGGGAGGCGAUGGAGGUGGAGUAGAUUGGUGCUUCGUUGGUGAUGGGCAUGGGAUUUAUGGGGUUCUUUGCAUGGUUCUUCGGCAUGAUUAUCUAGCUCAGGACGGAGUAUGGAUGGCAUACUUGGCUGGCUGGCUGAUCGAGUGGGUGCGGGCUGGGAUGAUGAUGGCAUUUUAUGGUGGUAGGACGAUAUCACAAUCACAACAUUUCUAGGUUGGAAUUAAUACCAUUCGACGUACUUCAAUGCAAUUUGAAGAAACUGAUUACCAGCCUGUGGACGGACGCAGUUCUUCCCAGUACAACACCUCCCAGUGCCGCAUUUCCGGUUCCGGUGUCGUGAUGAUGAUGCUAUGGAGGUCGUAGGGGCAGGUGGUAGCAAGAAGGGAGGGGAUUUCGAUGAACGAGUAAUUAAGGAAUACGAAUUGCAUGUUGAGCUAGC